AUGAGGAGAGAAAUGAAUCGCCCGUUCUGCACCCCUCGCCAUGGACGUGGUCUCUCGUUCAAAAGAAGGACUAAUGGCCAGUUUCCCACAUCCGGCCAACCUCAGUCUAGUCGUAUAAUCGAUCAAAAGCUUAUCGAUGGAGCUCAGACUCCACCGGCCCUUGAUACAUCUCAGAAGCAGAAAUUUCAAUUGUUCUAUCCUGAUAGUGGAUUCAUUCCCGCUGGGGAGGAUGGCUAUAAUGAUGAUUUACAACUAGAUGCAUUUGACCUUGAGCUGUUAGCACACACUGACGAACCUUCCGGGAGCAUCCAGUCUUCCUCUAAUACAGACCACCACUCGACAUAUCAUCAGCGACAGGAACAUCCUCCAACUCAGGCCACUUUACAUAGAACCUUGGGCUCCAGUUCAUCAGAUGUCGACAUAGGAGAUGCUUCUAGUGCAUUGACAAGGCUCCAGAAUGGAAGAGCAGCUGCACCGUUUCGAGAUCAGGACAUUACAACGAGGAGGUCACAUCAGGAUUCUCAGUUCCGUUUCACGGGGCUUGGGACACCUCACUCUUAUGAUAAUCCUGAUAUUUCAUCAACAAUGAGUUCUGGAAAGAAUACGGUUUUCCAAAAUUUGCCGGUUUCUAGUCGAGGUAUUGUUCUAGUAUCUCUGCGCGAGCUCCCAGAUAACUAUAGAUCACUUUUUCAUUUCCCCGUGUUCAACGCGGUUCAGUCCAAGUGUUUUCAGUCGGUCUAUAGGAGCGAUGAUAACCUCGUUCUAGCAGCACCUACGGGAAGCGGCAAGACAGUUGUCAUGGAAUUGGCAAUUUGUCGCUUGCUCAACAAUUUGAAGGAUGAACGGUUCAAGGUUAUUUAUCAAGCGCCUACCAAGUCUCUUUGCUCUGAAAGGUUUCGUGAUUGGAAUCGAAAGUUUCAUGCACUUGGGCUUCAGUGUGCGGAGCUCACUGGUGAUACGGAUCAGACGCAAUUAAGACACGUCCAGAACAGUCAAAUCAUUGUUACAACUCCGGAAAAAUGGGACAGUAUGACACGAAAAUGGAAGGACCAUGCACGAUUAAUGCAAUUGGUGAAACUAUUUCUCAUUGACGAGGUGCAUACACUCAAAGAAGCUCGCGGCGCGACUUUGGAGGCGGUUGUGUCUCGAAUGAAAUCUAUUGGAUCUACUGUUCGAUUCAUUGCAUUGAGUGCGACCAUCCCCAAUUCCGAAGAUAUUGCAACCUGGCUUGGUAGGAAUUCUACGAACCAGCAUGUUCCCGCACAGAGGGAACACUUCGAUGAGGAGUUUCGUCCCGUAAAGCUGCAGAAAGUUGUGUACGGAUAUCAGUCGCACAGCAAUGACUUUGCAUUCGAUAAGAUGUGCAACUCGAAACUCCUUGAUAUUAUUACGACACAUUCAUGCAGAAAGCCUAUUAUGAUAUUCUGUUGCACAAGAAAUUCGGCUGUCGCAACUGCCAAGGAGCUUGCACGCCUAUGGUCGAUAUCGAAUCCUCCGGCGAGACUGUGGAAAGGUUUGAACAAGCCGAUGGAGGUUAAAAAUCUAGAUUUGAAGACUACAGUGAGUGCAGGAGUUGGUUUUCAUCAUGCUGGCCUUGAUGCUGCAGAUCGACAUCAAGUUGAGAAUGGGUUUCUCGGGGGGCAAAUAAGUAUUAUAUGCUGCACUUCAACUCUCGCAGUCGGAGUAAAUCUACCAUGUCAUCUGGUUAUUAUUAAAAAUACGGUAGGAUGGCAAGAUGGCUGCUGCCAGGAGUACUCAGAUCUCGAGAUAAUGCAAAUGCUUGGACGCGCAGGCCGGCCGCAGUUUGACGACAGCGCAACAGCGGUCAUCCUCACCCGGAAAGAGCGUGUAAGUCACUAUGAAAAGUUGGUAUCUGGUUCUGAGAGCCUCGAAAGCUGCUUGCAUCUGAACCUAAUUGACCACUUGAACGCUGAAAUCGGGCUUGGAACUGUUACAGAUAUAGAGUCCGCUAUCAGGUGGCUUGCUGGAACGUUUCUAUUUGUGAGGCUGAGAAGGAACCCGACACAUUAUCAACUCAGAGAAGGUGCCAACCAGGACGACGAAGAUGAAAUGCUUCGCCAGAUUUGCCAGAAGGAUAUCAAGCUUCUCCAAGAAUGUGGGUUAGUUACCCUUGAAGGUCUCCGCUCUACACCAUUCGGGGACGCUAUGGCCCGGUAUUAUGUACGAUUUAAGACGAUGCAGUCCUUCCUUGCUUUAAACAAGCAGGCAGGUAUCGCUCAGAUUCUUUCAGCGAUAUCCGAAGCAGAAGAGUUUCACAAUGCUCGUCUCAAAGUAGGAGAAAAGACUCUGUAUAAAGAAAUCAACCGCUCUCCAGAUAUCAGCAUUCCGAUCAAAGUUGAUAUAGCGCUUCCGGCUCACAAAGUAUCUCUUCUAAUUCAAUCUGAACUCGGAGCGGUUGAAUUUCCUGACGGAGAGCAAUUUCAGAAAUACAAAUUUGCAUUUCAACAGGACAAGAAUUUUGUCUUUUCUCAUGUCAACCGCCUGAUUAGAUGCAUUAUAGACUGCCAAGUACACCUUCAGGACUCAGUGACAGCUAUGAAUGCGUUAGAGCUUGCAAGAAGCUUGGCUGCAAAGGUUUGGGAUAGGUCACCGCUCCAGAUCAAACAGAUUGAACAGGUGGGAGUAGUCGCAGUCAGGAAGCUGGCAGCAAAUGGAAUCACGAGCAUUGAGACUUUAGAAGAGACCGAGCCUCAUCAGAUUGACAUGAUAUUGAGCAGAAACCCGCCAUUCGGGGUUAAGCUACGCGGUCGUCUUGCAGAUUUCCCGAAGCUACGGGUCUCGGUAAAAAUGACAGGAAAGGACGUCAGACCGGGACCUAUAGCGAAGAUACGAUUCAAAGCGGAAAUUGGAUUCAUAAAUGAAAAGUGUCCGAAAUUCUUUCAGAGGCGACCCGUCCAUGUUUGCUUUCUGGCGGAAAUUUCUGAUGGUUAUCUCAUUGACUUCCGACGCAUCAGUGUGAGUGGAAUCCAGAAUAGCCAUGAGAUACUCUUGAUCGCGGAAUUGAAGAGCCCGACUCAGUUUGUUACAUGCCAUGUUAUGUGUGAUGAAAUCGCUGGAACUCUGAGAAGUGCUGUGUUGAAACCGGAGCUUCCACCGUCAUCGUUUCCAGGAAAUCAUGGGAAAAGCCUAAUUAAGAUGGCAGACCAGGAAGAAACUAUAAGCAAAGAAACUUGCGUAGUAAAAUCUACUGGUACGAAUAAUGUUGAUUCCUUUGAUAGCGAUGAUGCAUUGUUUGGUGAGUUUCUUGAAGCAGUUGUUCGCAAAUUUUCUGAAAAUGAAAGGAACAAAGACAGUUUGACAGUUUCGACUUCAACAGAGAGCCUAUUGCAAGAUUCCACCGUACCAGGAUUAUCCCGGAUGGCUAGUCAAAAAGGCAAUACUGUGGAUUCUUCGAGCGAUUAUGGAAGUGAUGGUCUUAGUGAUAUACCGUCAUUAUCAACAUUGUUCUUCGGUGUUAUAGGUGAUUCGAUGAAGACGGACUCCCAACAAGCCCCCGACACUCCAGCUGUCAUUCAAAAUAGACCCGUGCCUGCGGAACCUUGGCUUGAGUGUGAUAUUAUGCUAUCCCCAGUGCAUUCGCCUUUGAUGGAGCCUUUACGCAAAGAAAAUACUAUUCCGGAAACUUCUUUGAUAGAUCUCACAUACCCGGAACCUCAACACGUGGUUGCCGAUUUGUUGGUCGAGGGACAUCCAGAAAACCCCUGCGGAUGGCAAAAACGAAAAAAUUCUCUAGUGGAUGACAGCAGAUCCUACACUAAGAAGUUAAAAUAUGACGGUGACUCCCAAGUGGAUUCUUUCCCACUAGGAAAAACGGAUAAUCCUGGAGCUGGUUUCAAAUAUAAUGCAGUCGAGUCUCGUGGGUUGUUCGAGAUAUCAGGUAUAAGUUCUGUCUCAACAGACUGGGAGGGUAUCGAUCCUGAUCUACUGAACGAGUUCAAAGAUAUUGUUGAUUUCUUUUAG